GCUACGGAACAAACCGUUAUAAACACUCUUGGGUUAUAGUAGGUCACGACGGGACGGUAUUAUACCCGGUCACAGUCAGCCUAUUCUGUUUAAUCACCUUUAGUACCAAUUAAAAGCGCUUUUUAAUUACUUUUUUUAGUUAGCGUGUAGUAUUGUAAAACUCAUUGUCGAAUAUGGAGGCUCUUACCAUAUACGCAAUUUUUGUUACUAUUGUCAUACUUCUAUACUUGUGUUUUGACGUUCAUUAUUUUUUGCGGAUAUUGACUACCAUUGGAUAUGGCAGAAUCUUUGAAAAAAGGAUGAAAAUCGAUACUCAAACGGAAAUUUACGGAAUUUGCACCACCCAAGACCUCGACAUAUUCUUCAAGCAUAUGAAUAACGCUCGAUACCUGAGGGAGUUGGACUUCGCGAGGUUCCAUUUCUACGAUCGAACGGGAAUUUAUGAGGAAAUCAAGAAGGUCAACGGACACGCUUUGCAAACGGCUACAAAUAUCCGAUACCGGAGGACCAUCCCAUUGGGAGACCGUUAUAAAGUUACUACCAAACUUAUAACUUGGGAUGAAAAGACUCUCUACAUUGAACAGCAAUUCAUCACUUUAUCUGAUAAUUUUAUUAGAGCUAUCGUUUGGAGUAAACAAAACACAAUAGGACUGAACGUACCAGAGAUAAUGGCGAGGCUUGGAAGUCAUGAUGUUUCUUACAGGCCUCCUACACCGCCUGAAUUGGCAGACUGGAUUUCAUCUAUGGAGAAAUCAAGCGCUAGUUUAAGGAAAAAAGACUGAUUUUACUACCUUUUAGAGUCUAAGAUAUUUUGUUUUUUAUUAUUGGUAUUCAGAUUAUUAAGGGUCUAAUGGGAUUUUUCAGUUAAGUAAUUUUAUUCUAUAAGUUUUUUUGUAUAAUUAUUUUUAAGAAAGAUUUAGCCUUAUAUAUUUUAUAUAUAUAUAUAUAUAUAUAUAUAUUUAUAUAUAUAUAUGAUCUGCUUAUUA